UUGAUUUGGCUGCCUAUGUUGAAGAUGAGUCGUCCCAGCAGUUGCCCUGAAAAAAACGGGGACGACCAAAAUGAAAACCACUACCAAGGAGCUGGAGGUCAGGAGUUUGCCCCCAACAGCACGGAGCAGCCUGAAACGAGAGUGUUGUCCGCAUUUAGGAAAGACACUGAAGCAAGCAAAGUUUACCUGGCAGGACGCGAGUAUUUUGGUGACGAUGGGCAAACAACUGAACUGCGACUUGUCAGCAAAAUAAAGCACCAGUUAAGUACAGACCCGACCUUUCGUCCGGAGUACCCGUCGCCUCUUGGGCUGACAGAAUUUACCAGACAAGCCACAAACGUUACCUUGGGGGGAAGUCUGAAGCCAAGACUGGAGAGCCGGGUGUUGAAGGUCCAGACUCCUGGUUUUAAUGCUGCUGUACGUCUGGGAGCUGAACUCUUAAGAGAGUGGUUUGAAAACACUUCUUGGUCAGGGCCAGUGUACCUGUCUGUCCCUUGUGAUGGCUCAUUGGCUGGUAUCUUCAAGGCAGCAGGCAUCCACGAUAUCCGCCAGUAUUACUAUUGGGAUGAUAAGCUGCGUGGUGUUUGUUUGGACAAGCUUGUGGAGGAUCUGGAGAAAGCUCCACAGCGAAGUGUUGUGGUUCUGUCUGCAUCAGGCCAUUACCCAACCGGAGUUGACCUUACUGAAAAUCAGUGGGAUGUGAUUACACAAAUCGUUAAGAGGCGCAUGCUGUUUCCUUUCUUUCUACUGCCCAUACAUGCUCUCUGUACUGGGGAUUUGGGGCGUGAUUCAAGGCCCAUUCAGAAGUGUGCGGCGCUGGGGAUGGAGCUCAUCUGUGCACAGUCGUUCUCCCACUGCUUCGGACAAUACGGUAGAAAAUUCACAGAAUAUCAUUAUAUUGCAAUGAUUACUAUGAAUAUUUUUCCUGAAAAAACAUGUGAGGCUGUCGGUCAUCUUAUAUAUGUCUUAAAAGACAACUCUCUUCUGAUAAAAAAGCAGUGUCGUGCUAGGGAGAUUGUGAAAUCCCUUUGGGCUCAGCCUUCUAUGAUGGGCGCACAUAUUGUUGCCACUAUUCUGAGUAAUCCAGCCCAUUUUGUUGAGUGGCAAGAAGAGAUAAAGCGGGUUGUUGAAAGGUGCAUGUUGAUCCGACAGCUUUUGAGAGAAAGACUGAGACAUUUAGGAUGUCCAGGCAUUUGGGACCAUCUCACUACACAGCAAGGACUAUUUAGCUGUAUUGGAUUAAGUGACCCACAGGUGGAAUUCUUGGUGAACUCAAAGCAUGUCUACCUUCUACCAAACGGCUGCCUAAAUGUGAGUGCAAUCAAUGGAGGGAAUCUGGAGUAUGUAGCAGAGUCUAUACAUCAAGCCACUUCACUGUGACAUUGUGAUUGUUACAGAGGUCAAAGUAUAGAAAUUUACUAAUUCAUUUUAGUCAUUAACCCAUUCAGGCUAAUAGCUCUACUCUUAAGUGACAAAGUGUUUUCUUAUGCAUUAGCAGUUGCAUGUAACAGCAAAGAUAUAUCGUAAAAAUAUGUUUCUACUGGAUAAAGAAUCCUCAUCAUUUAGGUGAACACACUGCCAUUUAAUACUGCAUCUUGUAAAUGUUAUAAUCAUUUAUACUAAUGCUGUCUAUUGUAAAUUGU